AUGGUCGGACUAAAACCCUCAGAUGUGCCUCCUACCCUGGGGGUGAAGAUGGCGAGUGCCGGAGCAGCAGCUUGUUUUGCCGACAUGAUCACAUUUCCUCUGGACACGGCCAAAGUUAGACUGCAGAUUCAGGGCGAAAAGACAGCGGUGGAUGGGAUCCGCUACAGAGGGGUGUUCGGGACGAUCAGCACUAUGGUCCGAACAGAGGGGCCCCGGUCUCUGUACAACGGGCUGGUCGCCGGGCUGCAGAGACAGCUGUGCUUCGCCUCCAUUCGAAUCGGCCUCUACGACAAUGUCAAGAAUUUCUACACCGGCGGCAAAGACAGUGAGUACCCCAAUGUGCUGAUCCGUAUCCUGGCUGGCUGCACGACGGGCGCCAUGGCCGUGUCCUUCGCACAACCCACCGACGUGGUCAAGGUUCGAUUCCAGGCCCAGAUGAACCUGAACAGCGUGUCCCGCCGCUACAGCGGCACCAUGCAGGCCUACAGACACAUCUUUCUGAACGAGGGCAUGCGCGGACUCUGGAAAGGAACACUACCCAACAUCACAAGAAACGCACUGGUCAACUGCACAGAGCUGGUUACAUACGACUUGAUCAAAGAGGCAAUCCUCAGGCACAACCUCUUGUCAGACAAUCUGCCGUGCCACUUUGUGUCGGCGUUCGGGGCCGGCUUUGCCACCACUGUGAUCGCUUCGCCCGUAGAUGUAGUGAAAACGAGAUACAUGAACUCACCGCCGGGACAGUAUAAGAGCGCCAUCAACUGUGCCUGGACAAUGUUGACAAAAGAGGGGCCAACGGCUUUCUACAAAGGAUUCGUGCCCUCGUUCUUGAGGUUGGGAUCAUGGAAUGUUGUGAUGUUUGUCUCGUUUGAGCAAAUCAAGAGGGCCAUGAUGGUAGCACAAAAGAGGACUGAAGCCACAAACUGAACAAGCCCCGGCGUCCGUUUAUGUAAAGCAUGUUUGUGUACAUAUUAAAUAGAUUUCAACUUGCUGUCAUGUAUUUAACUCGCCUGCUGUGACAAACAUAUUUCACA